AUGCCUAACUACACUCUCCAUUACUUCAAUGGCCGCGGACGUGCCGAAAUCCUCCGUAUGAUGAUGGCCAUCGCUGGCGUCAAAUACAUGGACAAGAGAUAUGAAUUCUCUGACUGGGACCGCUGCAGGAAUGUCUAUCUAUCUAUCUAUCUAUCUAUCUAUCUAUCUAUCUAUCUAAGCCUGUUAAUCUAUCUAUCUAUCUAUCUAUCUAUCUAUCUAUCUAUCUAUCUAUCUAUCUAUCUAUCUAUUUAUCUAUCUAUCUAUCUAUUAAUUGAUUUAAAAUAUGCCUAUUCAGAGUUAUAUACUACUGUUAAAGUCUAUCUAUCUAUCUAUCUAUCUAUCUAUCUAUCUAUCUAUCUAUCUAUCUAUGCUUCUCUCAGAGUUUUGAUGUUACCAUUUUAUCUAUCUAUCUAUCAAUCUAUCUAUCUAUCUAUCUAUCUAUCUAUCUAUCACAGCCUGUUCAUAGCUAUAUACCAGUGUGUCAAUAUCUAUCUAUCUAUCUAUCUAUCUAUCUAUCUAUAUAUAUAUAUAUAUAUAUAUAUAAUAACGCAAAUAUAG